CUGGCUGUUUACGGCGGUGGUUUUUACAAUAGCCAAUAAAUUAAUUCGUAACAAAGUUUAACGCACGCGCAGAAAAUGUCGAGUUUGACAGAUUAACUAUGCUGAGGGAAUUUUCGGUGUUUUGUGCUCUUCUUCGGAAUGCAUCGGAGCUGAUGUUGAGAAUCCGUCAGCUUGAGACUCAUGUGAAGGUGCUUCAGAGAGCCAGCAAAGAAGAGAACCCUGUAGCUCCACCUAUGCCCCGCAUGGCUAUGAAGAGGAAAAAGAAGUUUCGUCCCAUUGACUUCAACAAGUACGUACACCAUGUAGCCCUGACGAUCAUGUACCUCGGCCAUGACUACACAGGAUAUGAUGACACAGAGGAAGUGGAACACAGUUGUCUCUCUUGAUGUACGUGGCAACUUGCUGUCGGGGGUCGGGGUGAAGGUGAGAGAAGGGAUGACAGCGCAUGAAAGACCUGGUUCAGCUGCAGGAGAAGAACGUACAAGUAUUCCUUCCCUAAAGGAGACCUAAAUAUACUGCUCAUGGAAGAAGCCGGCACAAAAUUAAUUGGCGAAUAUGACUUCCGCAACUUCUACAAGUUCAAUGUUAAAGAUGGCAUUACAAACUAUGUUCGAAAAAUCAUAGAGGUUGAAGUCAAGACUCUAGAUGAGACCGAUGACGGAUUCACAAUGUGCAACUCACGACUGCGGGAGGGCGUUCCUGUGGCAUCAGAUUCGCAGCAUCUUCUCUGUGGUGUUCCUUGUUGGCAAAGGGAAAGAAUCGGUUGAAGUGGUUGAUGAACUUCUGAACAUUGAGAAAAAUCCGCGUAAGCCGCAAUAUAACAUGUCAUCUGACGCGCCUUUGUGCUUGUAUGACGCUGACUUUGGAGGAGAAUUUGAGUGGGUUUACGAAGCUGAAUGCCAUGAAGACAACCUCACCUCCCUCCAGCAGCUUUGGGCUGAGCAUUCCAUCAAAGCAACAAUGGUGAAGAGCAUGCUGAAUGACCUCGAGAAAGCUAAAGUGGAAACAGGCUGUGACAUUGCGCCCUGGUGUGAUCUGAGUCCCCCUUUACUGAUGCAGUCUGAAUGGCUCGUAGAAGACAGGAAUCCUAAGGUGCUGAUGGAGAGACAGGGAGGCUUGACCCUUGACGAGAUGAUAGCAUCACACGAGUCGAGAAAACAGCGAUGGAGAGAAAAUGCUGAAAUUGAAGCGCAGGACGAUAGCAGUGAAGAGGAGAUGACGUCACGGAAACGUCAACGGCUUGAAAUUGAUAAGCCUAGCCACAUAGAUGAUAAGCCAUUUGGAACAUUAGAUAAACCCAAGUCCGGAGAGAAUAAGGAUCCUCACAUAAUUUAUGGAAAAAACAAUAAAGGAGAUGAUGACACUGUAAGGGACAUUGAUGGAGAAACUACUAAUAUGAAGGCUGAUAAAGAUAUUUGCGAUUCUAAAACCUCUCUUAAGGAUAAUGGGGAGGAAAACUUGAAGACAUCAGAGAAUGGAAUGAAAGGAGAAGAGAAAGUGGGAAGAAGUACACAAGAAGAGAUUGGGGAAAGCUCAGUUAUAAGUCAAACUGGGGAAUGAGUCAUUUCCUUUGAUAAUUCUCAUGAGAAAUUCUCAGUCCAAUGAUUAAUUUGAAAAAUAAGACGUUAAUCAGGAUUUUGUUGUAGAAUGCAUUGAAAUUUAUUUGCAAGGAUUAUUACUAUUGAGAAUUUUGAAACAUGGAUAUAAUGGAAUCAUUUUUAAAUACAAACUGAUUGAGAAAAGUUAUUUCAUUUUUCAAUUUACUGUACAUCAGGUAACGAUACUGACCAAUUUGACAGAGAAUAUCUCACAACAAACAGAGGUUAAUAAUGACACAUAAUACUCAAUGACUUAUACUGCAAUAAGACAUGGACUCAAGUUGCUCAAGGUAAAGGAAAGGCAAAGUGUUAGAGAAGAACCUGGAUGAAGACUUUUACCAGUUGUAUGGUAGAAUGGUGAUAUUUGGUGAUCAUUACUCCAAUGUCAAGGCAAGUUGUUGGAAUUAGAGAGGAGAGCGUAGUGGAGAAGGUCAAGGUUAAUGGUGUUUAUGACACGGAGGUCAAUGUAUAGAGAAAGGGGCAUUGAAAGGUCAUGGCCUUGGAUGAAAAACAAGGUCAAUGUUGUUCAUCACUCUAAGGUCAAGGUCUGUUAUUCAAGUCAGAGUGGAGAGAAGGUCAUGGCUUCAGAGAAGAAAAAAACAAGAUCAAGGGUUUUCAUUACGCUUAAGGUCAAGGCCAGAAUUUCAUGUUAGAGAGGAGAGAAUAGUUGAAAAGGUCAAAGCUGUGGAAAAAAGAAACAAAACAAACAAGGUUUUUAUCAGUGGAGUUGUAUAUAAUGGGUACUAUGUGUUUGAUGUUCAUUACUAUAUGUGUGUACGGUCAAGGCCAGUAGUUUGCAUUAUCCAUGUGAGCCACUGCAGUUGGACCAAAAUCAAAUGAAUUGAACUGAUAUUCAUCAUUAAUCUGUCACAUAGAAUUGAGUUAAGCAUGUUUACCUUGUUUUCUUGUACUCUAGAUAUAUGGAGUUAUUGAGCAUAUGUCAGGCUUUUUUGUGCUUGUGGUAAUUUUGACCACAAUUUUGGUUAAGUGCUUUCUGUGUGUAUUGGUUGCUGUUGAUUGCCUUAUUUAAGAGAAGCCCUUUUUUCAGAUUUGUUAGUUCUGGUAAAUUUUACAAGGCCAUUAUUUAAUUUUUUCAAAAAGCACUGAUAAAUUGAUUAAAUUGUUUUAUAUUCGUGGUCUGCUGUUGCAUGAAAACUAAACCCUCCCAAAGUGCAACAUCAUUGAGGGUGGCUUGCAGAAAAAGAAAUAAAUCCGUUUGGUCUGCUGGAACUUACAACAGCCUUGCUGGAGGUCUUCAAUAUGUUUUUCUUAUCAUGAUCGUGAACUUUGUAUUUUUAUUUUUUUUGAAAUAUGUAAAAUGUUAGUUUUACACAUUUUCUUCUGUUUUAUUAGUUUGUUAACUAAAUUUAUAUUUUAUGGUAUGUUGCCAUGGUAAUGGGACCAUUGUUUACAUUGUAUACUUCCAUUGUUGUUGAAAAAUCAUUAGAAUAUAUGAAUAUUUAUAUUUAUACUCCUGCAAACAAAGUUUGAAGUCUGCAUUGGGUUGGUCUGUUGGGCGGAUAGUCAGUUGGCAAAAUGCUGUAGAGCGAUAUUCUCCAACAGUUUAAGAGAUAAUACCCGAUACUAUGUACUCAUUCCCACCUUGAUGGGUAACAUUGCCUGAAGUAUUUUUAUUGGCCUGUGGCCACCACGUGUUACAUGUACAGUAACAUGCCCUAGAGUAGGAUUUUUACACUUUUGGCUACGUGAAUAUUGAGGUUUGUGGAGCGAACAACUCCCACAGUUUUAGAGGUAUUUCUCUGGCCCAAAUUUCUGGAAACUUCAUAAGUCCCUUUAAACAGGAUUAAGCUAAGCUGACUAUUUGUUGUUUUUCAAUAAUUUGCGAAAUAUUUUCUUGUUAAAAGUUUUUUAUACUUUAGACAGGAAUUAUCUUUAUGAUAGCACGGACUCGUAAUAGGUACGUGAUGAUAAUAUUAAUGUUCAAAACAUAAACUUAUGUGCCACCCCUGUCAAAGAUAUAGACCUAUACCAUGUUUGAGAGUUACAUUAACUCCCAUAUUGGAAUGGUAACAGUAGGCGGGGCUAAACAGUUCAGUAUCUAAUGUAUGGAUAAAUAACAAUGAUAUUCACUUAUGUAGUAUCUUAGUUAUUGAAUGUUGCCUUGACAACAUGGUACCCACUUACCUCGUAUUUUGAGUACUAUUGAAAUUAUUUCAAUAGUAAUACACAGUUGUGGAUGCCAGAACUAUAACUUAGUAUAGUUUUACAUAACAUAGGAACCUUUUACACAUGUAUACAUGCUGAACAUUACUUUCUCAUUAAACAAAAGUGCAAAGUUCAUUUAUCUCUGUUUAAUUACAGAGUGAUGUUGUUAUUUAGGUAUCGUUAUUUAGUGUGUUGUGAGAGUCAUGUAUGAUGUCUGAUCUGAGACCUUACUCCGAUCCUUUCUAUGAAAUGGUGUUCUAUCUUGGUAUAUAGAGAAUUUUACUAUCAAGAUAUUUUUGAAAUAGUCAUUUUUCCAAGAGCUAUUCUGUAUAUCUUGUUGAGAGAAUUUAUCUCUCAAGAUAUUACUUUCAAAAUAGUAAGAGCUACCUGCACUUCAGUUUAAGCUUUAUUAAGGAGUCUAAUACCGUUGAUGCACGUUCUUUUGUCAUAAAGUAAUUGAUAAAGUAUGUCAAUGGAAGAAAAAAAAAGUAAAAUAAAUUACAUUCUUAAGCUUUCACUGUGUAGAAAAAUUGACGAAUGCAAAUCAAAAAGUUCUGUUUGAAUUACUUACCAACGGUUUAAAAACUAAACUGUUGGUAAGUAAUUCAAACAGAACUUUUUGAUUUGCAUUUUUAAAUGUUUUUUUUAGUUCGUAAUAUGACAGAUGACAUAGAUUGUAUUAAUAUACAUGGACUAAAUUGUGUCAGUUUCAGUUUUUCACUACAUACUUGACAAAGUAUUUAGAUUUUACCCACUUUUUAUCACUGUUUUUCGUUGUGUAUUUGUCUAUCUUAGUAUAUUAUGUACAGUAAAAACGGUAAAGGAGUGAAGCUGUACAUUAUAUUACAUUUUAUGUAUGAGUGUAUUAUCGUCUUGCUUGGUCAAAGGGUACAUCUGAAUGUAGAUAUUUUGUGUUGUGGACGUGUUGCUAAUGUUGAAUGUUGCCAUGGAGGUCUUCGUCAUUCCAAAUAUACAUUUUCAGAUCACGUCGUAUUAACAUGUUAUGUAUACAUUAAUAAAGGUACUCAGCAUGACACGCUCUCGCAGUAUUCAAGUUCAGGUAAGCCAUCCAUCUGAUAAAAAGAAAUGAUAUAAAUUAGGCUCGGUAUGUAGGAAUUACUAUUAUUAGGUACUCUUUUUUUCUCUUUUUCAUUUUUGAGAACCAGGGUUUUGUACCUAACUGACCUAUAUCAGGGUAUUCACUAUUGUAGAAAAUUUUAGAAAAACAUUAUCCAAAUUUUAAGAUGUUGACUCAGAAAAUGCACAUUAUAAGGAAUUUACGAAAAAAAAAACAUCAUCGUCAAAUAAAUGUAGACUUGGGAGGAAGAUAUAGGGAUGGUUGCGUUUGUGGAAACAAACAUCAUUAGAAUAAAUUAAGCCUCAAAAGGAAGACUUGUUUAUAAAUUAACAUAGAGAUAACUUCUUUUUAAUUUUAUAUUGAUGAACCAUUAUAUUAUUUUUGAUGGAUUGCAUUUUUGAAUAUCACCAUAAUAAUGCUAAAUGAUAAAGUAUAAUAAAAGGAGAUAUCAUAAGAAAACAUUAAAAUGAGACAACAAAGCAAUUUUAUUAAUUAGUUUCUGAAAUAUUAUAAUGUUUACACAAAUGUUUAUACAAAAAGUUUUCGCUGAAAACAUAAAAUUUCUUUAACUUAACAUUUUGUAAGUUUAAACUACAUGUAACCUUUUGUUGCAUUUAUGUUGGAUGGAUUACCUUAAUGAACUUUGUAUGUAACUACUUGCGGUUUACUAAAUCUAUAUUAUACGUUUUGAAACAGAUUAUAAGGUAACAUGUGCCAAACAUCACAGAUAUCCUUGUAUGCAUCAUACUAUUGCUUCUAGAAAUCAUUCAAUUCAAACAUUGCGGAAUGUUGUUACAAUUUAUAAAAUUCAGCAAUUUACACUUUUCCAAAAAGUUCAACCUUAUGUUAUGGACAAAGGUUGACCGGCUUAGUGUUUGAGAUUAUAUUUUGUCUAUUUGCCCAGCCACUGUUUAAACCUACUGAUUCACAUGAUUUAAAUCAACAAUAAUCAAAAUAAAUGUAUGGCAGAUUUGAGGAAUAAUAGCAUCCCAUUGGACAAAAUAUAAUUUCAAACACUAAUUGUUUGUUGUUACUUAAACAUCAGUUAUAAAUAGAUAUUAUAUGCUGUGCGAUGUCAAACUUACGAUAUUUACUCAAUGUGCUUUUUCAGAGAGGUGCUUUUAUAUGAUGUUUUAGAUAUUUGUAGAAGUAUUUUAUGGAUUAAAAUUUACUCACAGAAUUGUUGUUUGAGAUUUUUCAGAAAUUACCAUAUUCAAUUAUUGGUAUUUAUAGUCUAGUCAUAUAGUUUACUGUCUGUAUUGUUUGAUUGUUGGAUAUGGUGUUAUGUACAUAUUUACAUGUUUGAAUAUUUUAAAAAGAUUGUAAAACAGAAAAGCAAAGUUAUUUAGUAGAAAUGUUACAGUUUCAAUAACAUGUUUAAAAUAUAUAAGUCUGGUGAAGUGUGUUUUUUACAGAGUUUUAAAAUUUAUCCUAGCUCUGUUUACUGUAUUGAUUGAUAUUUUUAGCAUUUAAAACAUUCUGGUCCGUUUCCUUGGAUGCGUCUUGUGUUUGUCAGUAACUAAUUUGGUAUUGAAUAAAACAUCAAAAUAUU